CCGACGACUGUUGACGUUUGACUGUGUAUUAGAAUGGGUUCGAAUGGAUCCAGUAUUCGCCAGACGAGGGAUAAAAUGUAAAAAAAUAAAUUAAAUAUAACAAGCACGUUUGGAGUAGACGGAUCAAAUACAUGGUUAUUAGAAUUUAAAGAAUAUUUUAGGAGAGUUUGAUGGUGCCGACAUGUGUGUCGAUCCGUUAAAGAAUGUGUGCCAUUGGGGCCCGCUUACUGCUCUCGAUACAAUCUUUCAAUAUAAAUUCCAUAUUACUUUAAUAUUAUUAUUGUUUUUGCUUUUUAAGGAAAAAGUAACAGACACUCAGUUCUUGCAAUAUUGUGCUGUAUGUGAAGGGUAUAAAGCACCAAGAUCUCAUCAUUGCAGAAAGUGUGGUCGUUGUGUGAUGAAAAUGGACCAUCAUUGUCCAUGGAUAAAUAAUUGUGUGGGACAUUACAAUCAUUGUCAUUUUACAGCAUUUUUAGCAAGUGCUGUUUGUGGUUGUUGCAUUUCCACAUUUACAUUGGUUUCUUGGGUGAUGAGUACUGUAUUAUCUUCAAGACCAUUAUCAUACCCACCACCUUCUGUAUUUAUUCUGAUAUUAGUGAUCUUCACUAUUGGUUUGUCAGUUGGUAUUAUACUUGUUGUUGGAGCGUUACUUUAUCGGCAACUAUCGUCGAUAUUUGGAAACAAAACAGAGAUUGAAGAUUGGAUAUUAGAGAAGGCACAUUAUCGAAGAUUGGGAACUAGAGACAAAUUUAUUUAUCCAUAUUCAAAAGGAUGGCGUUUUAAUAUACAUCAAGUUUUCACAUGGAAUUGCAUUCCAAUCGGUGAUGGAAUUCACUGGCCUGUAAUCGAAGGCUGUGACCAAUAUACGUUAACGCGCGAACAGUUAGCUCAGAAGAAAAAUAAACGGAAGAGAGCUAAGACUUACAGAGUUAUAGACCAAGUAUCUGGAUCGUAUUAUCCAUUGGGAUACGGUUGGGGCGUGCUUUGUCACUCGCCUUGCAUCGAUAGAACUAUUAAGCUCAACAUCGGGGAUAUUGUGAUCGUAACGCGAUGGGGAAAAUACUGGUUAUUUGGAGAGAAGAAAAGAGAGGACGAAAACGAGAAGCAAAUACGGAUCCGAGGUUGGUUUCCACGACGUUGCGCUAUCGAAGUGAUCGAAAACACUUCCGCCUUAAAGGAGUCAGAUUAA